CUCCUUCCCGCUCUGCAUCCCGCCCAGCGGCGCAGGGGGCCGGGCUCCGGCGAGAUGGGUGGGGGCCGCGCCGGUGACAGCCGCUCCCCUCCCCUGCUGCCCGCCACGUCCCUCACGUACCACUCGGCAGAGGCGCGGGGAAACGUGGCGCCCGGGCUCUGGCUUCUCUAGCGGGGCUCGGCAUGAGGCUGGCGCGGCUGCUUCGCGGAGCUGCCUUGGCCGUCCCGGGCCCGGGGCUGCGUGCCGCCGGCCCCAGCCGCUCCUUCAGCUCGGACUCGGGCUCCGGCCCGGCGUCCGAGCGCGGCGUUCCGGGCCAGGUGGACUUCUACGCGCGCUUCUCACCGUCCCCGCUCUCCAUGAAGCAGUUCCUGGACUUCGGAUCAGUGAAUGCUUGUGAAAAGACCUCAUUUAUGUUUCUUCGGCAAGAGUUGCCUGUCAGACUGGCAAAUAUAAUGAAAGAAAUAAGUCUCCUUCCAGAUAAUCUUCUCAGAACACCAUCCGUUCAAUUGGUACAAAGCUGGUAUAUCCAGAGUCUUCAGGAGCUUCUUGAUUUUAAGGACAAAAGUGCUGAGGAUGCUAAAGCUAUUUAUGACUUUACAGAUACUGUGAUACGGAUCAGAAACCGACACAAUGAUGUCAUUCCCACAAUGGCCCAGGGUGUGAUUGAAUACAAGGAGAGCUUUGGGGUGGAUCCUGUCACCAGCCAGAAUGUUCAGUACUUUUUGGAUCGAUUCUACAUGAGUCGCAUUUCAAUUAGAAUGUUACUCAAUCAGCACUCUUUAUUGUUUGGGGGAAAAGGCAAAGGAAGUCCGUCUCAUCGAAAACACAUUGGAAGCAUAAAUCCAAACUGCAAUGUAGUUGAAGUUAUUAAAGAUGGCUAUGAAAAUGCUAGGCGUCUGUGUGAUUUGUAUUAUAUUAACUCUCCCGAACUAGAACUUGGAGAACUAAAUGCAAAAUCACCAGGACAGCCAAUACAAGUGGUUUAUGUACCAUCCCAUCUCUAUCACAUGGUGUUUGAACUUUUCAAGAAUGCAAUGAGAGCCACUAUGGAACACCAUGCCAGCAGAGGUGUUUACCCUCCUAUUCAAGUUCAUGUCACGUUGGGUAAUGAGGAUUUGACUGUAAAGAUGAGUGACCGAGGAGGUGGUGUUCCUCUGAGGAAAAUUGACAGACUCUUCAACUACAUGUAUUCAACUGCACCGAGACCUCGUGUUGAGACUUCCCGCGCGGUGCCCCUGGCUGGUUUUGGUUAUGGAUUGCCCAUAUCACGUCUUUACGCACAAUACUUCCAAGGAGACCUGAAGUUGUAUUCCCUAGAGGGUUACGGGACAGAUGCAGUUAUCUACAUUAAGGCUUUGUCAACAGACUCAAUAGAAAGACUCCCAGUGUAUAACAAAGCUGCCUGGAAGCAUUACAACACCAACCACGAGGCUGAUGACUGGUGCGUCCCCAGCAGAGAACCCAAAGACAUGACGACGUUCCGCAGUGCCUAGACACACUUGGGACAUCCGGAAAAUCCAAAUGUGGCUUUUGUAUUAAAUUUGGAAGGUAUGGUGUUCAGAACUAUAUUAUACCAAAUACUUCAUUUGUCAUUUUCACAAAACUAUUUGAGUAGAAAAAAUGGAAACCGAAUUCCA